AAUGUCGUUAUUAAUUUUAUUUGUUGUAUAAUAUUUAAAAUUUAUUGUAUAUUUCAUAAUUAUUGAUUCAUUGUACUGAAGAACUCACAAUAUUACUUUUUAUAAAUGGUUUUUUUUAUAAGCUGCUAGCUGAGAUCACAAAUCCGAAUUGUAGGAUUAUUUUACAGAUUUCAAUUUGUCAGUUAAUCAUUUAAUUACACAGCUAUAUGGACCGUCGUUAGUUUAAAUCUGCAAUGGUGUAUUUACAUUUUACGAUUGUAAAAGAUUUCACUUAAUAAGUUACUGGGUACAACGUUAUUUCAAUAACUUAACUAUGGAUGAUUUCUUGCAACUGGUGACUUCAGACUUUGAAUGUAUAGCGUCUUCCACUGGGUUUCGAUUCAAUCAAUAUAGUGGAUUGGUGGAUUGGGAAUAUUUGGAAGGAUUUGUCAUUAAUGAUAUAAUUGAUAAAGCUGAUGUAAAAAGUCUGUCAAUGCUUGUAGCCAGUGUUCUUAGUUACAAUAUUGAGAAAAUGAGUGUGUCUAAAAAAAUAUUUCGUCUUUCACAAUUGAUAAUAGACUUUUUGUUACAUUACAAAAAACAUUCAACUUUUAAGUUCAAUGACAAAGUAGAUUCGAUGGCACUUUGUGAAUUGUGUGGAAAGAUGUUCAUGGAUGUUUCUUAUUUGAAAUAUCAUUGUUUCCGACGACAUAAACUUGACUCAUGCACUUUUACAAAUUCACCUGAAAAUGAGUGUGUUGAUAGCUUAAAAUCGGAAAUUCUUCAACUUCAAACUCAAUUGAAUGAAAUUACUUCAACUUUUGAGAAUAAAUUUAAAAAUUCUAAAAUACACAUUGAUGAACGUGACCUCAAUAACUGUAAUUCUGUUCAUAAAAAUAAAUUAUUAUACCAUUUAAUACCUCAACCAGGCGAUAACCCUAUGCAGAUACAAGAAAUGUAUUGGAAACAAAAAUAUGAAAGCUUGGAGAAAAAUUAUAACACUCUUAAAAAUGAAUAUGAAAAAAGUCAAAAUUGUAUUAAAUCUAAAACUAUUUUAAAUCAUAAAUAUCAACAGUGUGAUUCUUAUAAAUCUGAAAAAUCCUCAAAAUGUAUACAAACAAAUAUUUUAAUUGAAAAUUCAACACCUGUGUGUUCUCCAAAACGACCACCACGGAAAGUUGAUGCAAUAUCUAUGAAUAAAUAUAAAGGAAUCUGUAGUAUUGAUAUUUCAGAUAUAGAUCAAACAAAUUCAGAUUGUUAUCAAUGUAAUGGUGAUUUAAGUUCGGAUAAAGACUUUUAUGAACUAAAGAAACUAAGACUGGAAGCGCGUUUAAAUAUUGAUGAUAACAAUGUUUGUGAAAAUUUGUCAGAACCUUUAUUGUCUCCUGACUUUGCAGACAGUAUAAAAAUUGUAUUGAUACUUGGUCAGACACGAGUAAAUGAAUUAUUUAAAAAUACCUCUUUAAUGGAUUUAAUAAAAUUUGAAAUCAAAGAUUUAGUUAACAGAAGAUUGGAAGAUUAUUAUAGGUUUACGGAUGGGAUGGACGAGAGUGUAGAACAGAAUAAUUGUUCACAUGAAAUGUUUGAUAAUCAAAAGUCUUCUGAAAUUUCUAUUCGUGAAGAUAAUAAAAAAGAACAUGAUAGUUCUCUUGAAGUUGAUUAUAAUAAGACUUCAGUUAAAAAAAAUAAAACAGUUAUGUCAAAGUUAAAAAAGAAAGCAUUGCGCCUAAGCAAUAUAUUUUCUCCAAGUACAAAAACUAAAAUAAUAGAAGAACAAUCACCUGCUAAACAAGACCCUGAAAUUUCACGAUCUAAUGAACAAUUAAAUUAUGAUAAUGGUAAUGCAUUACUUACAUAAUAAUAUGUAAGCAUUUUUAUCAUAAUUGUAAAA